CAUCAAAUAAACAUUUCUAGCUUUUAUUAUUCACAACAUUUAUUCAACAUUAAGAUCAAACUUCGUGAUAUAGAUUCUAAUGACACUUACCAUUCUAAUUCUACCAUACUAUCACUAGUGAUGAGAUAUUAUCGGUGAUUCCCAACAGCCGAAUAUUCUGGGGAUUGCCAAGACUGCCAAAUUAAGACCCCUUGUCGAUUUUUAGAGUCCUUUUCCAAAUCUCUCCCAGGCUACACUACUUCGACCAGAACUUAUUUACUUGCUACCAGAUUUUGUACAUAGAAACUGAUAGGAGAGAACAGAGGACUUGAUUUAUUUUUCAGAAGGCCGUGUGUUUGCAAGUUUGCACUUCUCACAUGCAUCGUCAUAACAUGGGAUUUCCACGCCGUCGCCAUAUUUAUUACCUCAUCCCUUUCGUCCUCGCUUUUCUCUUAUUCAACCCUUCUACAUUCCCGACAAUAAGGCAGUUCGGCGAUCGAAUACGACAAACCCUGCCAUUUGCCUACCAAUGGAAGGUUCAACAAGACUUCGUACCAACCCAAAACGAACUCGAUUGCCUCUACGGCCGUACACCUCGAUCGAGCACCGAUAGCAAUGGGGAGCUAGAUCCCAUACCAAAUCAUGUCCAUUUCAUUUAUGGGCUUAGCAACCCGUAUGAUAAGCCGAGCGUCGGUACCUUCGACUUUCUAUGCUACCUAGCCGUACGAAGCGCGAUCGUGGGAAUGAAAGCAGAAAAAAUAUUCCUCCAUUACACUUAUCUAGCAGACCCGCCCGCCCUUGAACCCAAUGCGUCGCCUCUGUCGAAUCCGUGGAUACGGCAUUUGAAGGAUGAUAUUGAAUUGGUUUACCAUUCCCCGGAAGAGACGGCGGGGCUGAAAAGUUCGCCUGACGCGACUUGGCAAGUAGCGCAUGUGUCCGACAUUCUCCGACUGAAGCUGUUGCAAGAGCAUGGUGGCAUUUACAUGGACAUGGACGCAUUUGGGUUCCGACCCUUCACGAAUCUUCUGAAAUCGCCGCGUGAUAUAAUCCUAGGCCACGAGGGUGGAAAUCGAAAUGGUCUCUGUAACGCUAUCAUGGUGGCUCGGAAGAAUAGUUCUUUUAUUAAGAGGUGGUUGACAGAGUAUAACGGCGCCGAUCUUUCCAAGGAAUGGAACUACCACAGUGUCGUACUUCCCAAAGAGCUAGAGCAGGAACAUCCGGACGAAGUCUGUACAUUACCUCCGAAUGCUUUUUUCUGGCCAACGUGGACUUGGCAUCACAUCGAAUUCAUGCAUGAACAGCUAAGCUCGGACGAGGCGCGAAAGUGGGCUGCAGAGAUAGAUAGGAAUGGCGGUAGCCUCUAUGAGGACCAAGUUGCCUACCACGCUUGGAGCCAGAUGGCAUGGGAGAGACAUCUAAGCAAACUGACGCCCGAGGUUGUGAGGACACGAGAUACGCGGUUCAACAUCUUAGUCCGAGACUUUUUACAAAACGAUCUCGGUCAUAGCCGAGCAAGCAGCGGUGGACCCCGGAACGAGUAGCAUGAAGUCUUGUAAUGUGUGAUGGAAAUUUCUUAGGUAUUUUGUAUAGGGUUGGGAAACUCCAUGAGCAGGUUAGCCCACAACCCCUCUAGAUCAUUAUACAGCAGUCAGCUCCUCGAAUGAAUUAUAUCUAAUACGCGUACUACUCGUACAGCAAAUAGAUGCUAUCUAAGUCUUAUUAUAAUAGGUUCGAAAGCUUAUGUCUACGUACUAGGUAAUAUUAUCGAACUUGCUCUAUUAGAUAGUUGAGUAUCAGCCAAUUCUGAUGGUAAUGAAAUAUAAUCUUGGAGUAAACCCUGCUAAUAAUCUGACAUAGAUCUAUCGUCGUC